UAAACCGUCCUCCACAUUACUCCCAGUGUCGUCAUUAGCAUUCGGGGAAAGCAAUAUGAAUUACUUCGAAAACAGUACUAACAAUAAUAAUUCAGAAUUUCUAAGAAGCGCCGUGUGCCACAAAUAAAUAAAUUCAUCUUGAAUGCAGUAGGUGGCGCCAUAUAGUCCAUACGCUUUCCCUUGCUCUCUUUCAGACCCGGAAGAUUUGCAAAACGAUCUUCAGUUUACUCUGUUUUUCAGAGUUAACCAACUCGUCUCGGCAGUUCUGAGGCGGCUAUCGGACAGUAAUCCAGUGCUUCUGGGACAAAGACUAGUCUGGUCAGUUCUCCAUUUCAGAAAUGUUUCUGUACCUCCUGGGCCUGGUGGCUUUCUUAUUUCUGUAUCGGUGGUACAGAGAGAUCAAACGAGUCCCUAAUAUGUCGGACAAAUAUGUGUACAUCACCGGGUGUGACUCUGGUUUCGGGAACUUGCUCGCGAAGCAUCUGGACAAGCAGGGAUUCCGCGUGAUUGCCUCCUGUUUCACGGAAAAGGGGGAAGAAGACUUGAAAAAGACAUGCUCUGAAAGGCUGUCCACCAUCCACCUGGAUGUCACCCAACAGGAGAGUGUUGAAAAAGCAGCAGCUUUUAUAAAGGCCAAGGUUGGGGAGAAAGGCCUAUGGGCUGUGGUGAACAAUGCUGGGGUUUCUGUGCCAUCUGCACCCUGUGACUGGCUGACCAUUGAGGACUACAAGUCCAUGCUGGAUGUGAACCUCAGUGGGGUCAUUGCCGUAACGCUAAGCGUGCUCCCUCUCAUCAAGAAAGCCAGGGGCCGGGUGGUAAAUGUCGCCAGUGUGUUUGGGAGGAUAAGUCCAUUUGGUGGCCCCUACUGCAUCUCCAAAUAUGGUGUGGAAGCUUUUAACGACUCCCUCCGGAGGAACAUGGCACCUUUUGGAGUCAAAGUCCUCUGCAUUGAACCUGGCUUUUUCAAAACCGCUGUGACCGACACUGAACUUGUGUUAAGGGGUACUAGGAAAGUGUGGGAGAAAUUGCCUCAGGAAACCAAAGAGGAAUAUGGAAAUGAUUAUCCGGACAAAGUCACUGCAAUGAUGAAGGAAAAGCUUACGAAGCUCCCAGACAGGGACCUGAUGAAGGUGGUCAGCUGCAUGGAACAUGCCAUUGCCGCUCUCCAUCCUCGCACCCGCUACUCGCCUGGGUGGGAUGCCAAGUUUUUCUGGCUCCCGCUGUCCUACAUGCCCACCUGUAUCACAGAUUAUGUGCUUCUUAAAGAUGCAGUCCUACCCAAGAAAUCUGUGAUCUAGCCAUUUUUGUUAGUCCAGGUUCUCAUACAUUGAAGACUACAAUGGUUCUUCAUAUUACUGCUCCCUUUAAGUAAAGAUAAUAUAAAAGGAAUUAUGAUGAGGGUCCUGCGCGUUCUGCUGCAACAGAGGUGCUAUUUUAACUUCAUUUUAUUCUAUGUUAAUUUUUUGGAAUGUUUUUUCCGUAGCUGUGUUAAGGCCGAAUCCAUAAUGUUUUUAGGAGCUUUUAGGUACCAAAUGUAAUUGUGCUCACAGCACAUUGGCCUACAUCCAGCUGUGAUGAGAUCAGAGUAACAAGUUCCUGUGUCCCAUACACCAUGCUGUGAACUCUUGACUGUAACAAAGAAUUUGAAAAAGGGUGUCUGUUAAGUAAAGGAACACACACACACACACACACACCUGUCCCAUACGGGGUCGCAGGGAACCGGAGCCUACCU